AUGCUACGCGUUUCCGCAGCCCUGCUGCUCGUCUGCCUGGCCGGGCCUCACGUCUUGGCCACUGCAGAGGUCACAUGUUCCAUCACGAGUGAGCUGAAGGAUAGCUUCGGGGCUGAGGACGGCACUGCCGCCAGCCUCGUGCUGUCAAGCACCCUGCUGGGCCAGGUGUCUGAGCUGCCCAGCGGGACCACCCUCCUGGUGCCCAGCCGGCAAGCCUGGCUGGAGUUCUUCCAUGGCCUGGGUUUCAGCACCAUCACCAGUGCCAUGAGAAAUGCCACCCAGGACCGCCACCUAAAGAAGCUGAUCAACUCAGUGGUGCUGUACCACGUGGUGGCCACGCCCGACCUGAACGCAACGGGCGACGCCCUUUACGUCCCCAUCCAUACCGCCCUGGCAGGCUACAAGGCCACCUUCGAGUUCGCCGAGGGCCCCGGGGAGGGCGCCACCACGGUGGAAGGCCUGGUGACUGGCGCGAGCGUGGUUGAGCAGGGCGAGGCUUGCGGGACCCCGGCUCUGCUCCUGGACGCCGUGCUCCUGCCCGACCAGCUGAAGAAGCUGGCCGGCACGAGCUCCCUGGACAUCCCCGACGCGCUCGACGCGCUGGCAGCCGGGAAGGACGGCCUGCUGAACCUGGCCAACAUCUCGCUGAGCCUGCUGGGCGGGCCCGAGGACGGCGCCACCAUCAUGCUCCCCACCUCCUCCGCCAUGCUCAACGCCAUCCAUUCCCUGGACGUGACCGACGCGGAGGCGGCGCUGCUCAUCACCCGCGUCCCCGCCAUUGCCGCCUACCUCGUGGUCCCCAAGGCACUGCCGCUGGACGAGCAGGUCCCCGCCACCAGCUUCCAGACGCUGCUGGGCAGCCUAACGGGGGGGUCCUACCCGCUGACCUUGCGCGUGCAGACCAACGCGGAGACGGUGCCCAACCAGGUCAGGGGCAACUUCAACGCCGCCAACAUCCUGAACACCACCCAGGUGUGCUCCUCCUGGAUCUACGCCCUGGACAAGACGGUGCUGCCGGCAGACACCGUGGAAGCCAUGCCCCUUGUGUCCCUGGACUGA